GUGAUAAAGUGUACAAUGUGUAUAUAGUAAUGAUAGUUGGAUGAGAAUCAUCACCAAAUGAUGACUCUAAAGAGGCACCUAUAGAUUCUUUUGCUUCUUUUAAAAUACACAUACAGGGCACAAAGCCGAUGGCUUUUGUAGUGUAAAACAGUAAUGUUGAUCCUUUGAUCCAGAAAAUUUUUCUCUUUGUAAAUCCUCCAUAAUUGAUCCCCACGGGAGUUUGCACCCGACAAUUGAAAAGGCACAAAUUUAGGAAUGUACUUUGAGAUCCUUCUAAUUUCAGGGACAUUUUUCAGUGUAGACUAGAAGUCUACAAUAUGUGCUGUGGUUUGGCGUCUUUCAUACCAUGAUUGCCUCUUACUAACCUUCCCCUUAGGCAAAUGUGUCAAAUGAAAGGACAGCCUUACUUGAAGGUCUGAAGAGCAACACUAGCCAAUUAUCCAGCCCUCAUGCCAAGUAUAAUAUCCCUAUGUAUAAGUCUUUCUAUUUGGCCCAUGACAUUGUACAGAUGAAGCCCGUACGCUCAGGUACAAACUUCAGAAAUUACGUACCUCCCUUCCCUGCCCCGCCCCUUCGUCAUCAUUCUGCCCAAUUGGCCCCUGGCACUGUCCAUAUAAGGGCAGGUUGUUGUUACACAGGUCGGUGCUGAUUGGUGGAAGGGUGACUGAGCAUCAUUAUCUCUGUUACUCACCCCAGGUUAUAUACCUUGUCACCCUGCCUGCGUUUUAGUGGGUGUUAUCGCAUGCUGGUGUUGACAUCAAUUUGGCACUCUUAUGGUCCAGUCUCAGUACGUUACGGCAAAGUUUACCCAUUGGAUGUGACUAGGUAUAAGGGGGAGUCAUCUGUUAGUCAACAGCUUGCUGCGUGUGGUCAAGUCUAGUUUUGAGGACUGCAAGCCAGGGGAAAGUUGGACUGUCCUGGAUGUGAAACGUGGUGGUCUGACAGGUUGCUGAGGGUACGAGACAACCAUCUCGGCUAUUUGUAUACUCUUCCCUCUGGAUGUGUGGUUUUCUUGAAAGGUCUGAGCGUCUCCAAACAACUUUUGGUCGACUUUUCCACUUGGAGGAUCAGCUUGGAGUUCACUCGAGGUGGUUGUUACUGUCAGCAGAAGUGUGAAUUGAGUGAAGGACUGUAAAUAUCGUAAACAUGCCCCUCUGUGUGACUUGCAGUCUCAGACUUUCAAGUCAACCAAAGUGGUGAUAUUUAUUAGGUGGAUUAAUGAACUUGUGGAAUAGUGAGAAGUUCAACGUGUGGAGCCCACAGUUUGUUUGGAUAAAGUUGAGUGUGCUCUCGUGUGUGGAGCGCUGGGGAAUGCUCUCUUUCAAGCAGAAAAAGGUAAUUUGUGUUGCCCCCUACAGUCGCUGUCAGGCUCCAUUUCAAGCUUUUCCUAAAGUAAUGGCUUCAUUCAGGGAAGCACAAACAGUUUAAGUCUUGGAAGGACAGGACUUGUAUUGUGCUCCUCCUUUCUUCAGAUCCAAAUACUGGAACUGCCAUAAACACGACACGGUCAUGUGUAUGUUGGCUAUACUCGUGCUGGCAUGUGGCGUUACAGCGAUACACGUCACGGCUCAGAGCACCACCAGGGAUCUGUAUCGCUCCGGCAGUGGACAUUUGAGUGCCGAGGGCUGCACUUGUAACUUCCUCACGUACGGCAGGGACAACCAGCAAGCCUGUUCACAGUCACAGCACAAGGGACCAGGUGACGGUGAGGAGGAUGACAGUGACUUAAAGAGGCAGUUCAGAAAUCUGCAGAGGAGGUUUGGAGGUGUUGAGACUCGUGUAUACGAGGUGCAGACCAAGCAGUUUGAUCUAGAGAAAAAAUUGCUGAAUGAUAGUUUGCACACCAAAGACUUGGAGAUACACCUCCAUGAAGAGUUGGGUCUGUUCCGUUCUGAGGUCCAGAGGCUAAAGCUGGAACACCAAGACACAAUAAUCAAGUAUCUGAACACUUCCGUGGCACUGGAGAAGCAGAAGCACAGUAGCUCCAGUGAUCAGGGCUACUCCAGCGGGGACAGCGUAGAUUUGACACAAUCCAUCGCUGACCUUGACAACAAGGUUGGGUCUUUACAGCUCCAGCUGCAUUCACUGGAGACAAAGUUGGACGCUCUGAGCAAACUUUACUCCUCGGGAGAGAUUGUGGCGCUGAACGAUGAGCAGGGACGACAGGGUCGUAAACUAAUCAGCCUGGAGAAUCGAAUAGUUGAGCUGGAGAAAAUUGUAGAACAGCAGUCUGCACAGUUAAGACAGGUACGGUACAAUGUGACCACAGUAGCAGCAGUAUCCCCCCAUGUGGAGGGUAGGGAGGUGGGGAAGGCUCUGGAGGAGCAGGUGAAUGCACAGGCUGAGCAGCUGGAGAAGCUGAACCAGAUAAACGAGAAGCUGAUCGUGAGGCUGAGGGACAUUACAGACUCCUACUCUAGAAACAAUUCAGGAAAUAUCCGUGACUGUUACGACCUGUACCAGCGAGGUUACAGACUGAACCAUGUGUACACCAUCCCAGAGGACCCGUACCUGAAGACCCCAGCCAUCCCUGUGUACUGUGACAUGAAGACAGCUGAGGGGGGAUGGACUGUACUGCAGAGGAGGUUUGACGGGUCGGUGAGUUUCGCUCGCAGCUGGACCGACUACAAGAAUGGUUUUGGCCGAGUUACGGGCGAAUACUGGCUGGGUCUGAACCAGAUCUACCGUCUCAGCAACCAGGGACACUACAAGCUCCGAGUGGACCUGGAGGAUUGGGAAGGGAACAAGGCGUACGCCAUCUACUCCUCUUUCCGAGUCUGUGAGGACAGCGAGGAUUUCAUGCUGAAGCUCGGUGGCUACUCCGGUACAGCCGGGGACUCCAUGAGUAUGAACAAUGGACGGGCGUUCACCACCAAGGACAGGGACAAUGAUGCCAUGGAGGGGAACUGUGCACAGAGAGAUGGGGGAGGGGGAUGGUGGUAUGGCUCGUGUAGUCACUCCCUACUCAAUGGGAAAUACCAGCGGAGAGGGGAGUCAGCCAGCUGGCAGGGCAUCGUGUGGUGGGAUUGGAAGGGAGCGUUCUACUCCUUAAAGUCGGUGUCAAUGAAGAUCAGACCAGUUUGAACCAGUUCAGACCAGAUCAAACAGGCAAUGGAGCCCAGUUUGGACUGGCAUCAACUGGAGGAGACUGCUUUGAUCUGAGUGGAAAGUAAACCUAUCUGGGUUUACAACAGACUGUCAGAGGAACAUGGCAUAGUUUCAGUGUAUAUAUUGGCUGGUCUUCAAUAAAUAGAUGGUCCCUUUUUCCUUUGACACUUGAGGUGAUGUAAAAGCUCUACUGCCAUAAAAGCGAUGAUGUUUUUUUAGUUAUUACAGUGUUAUGUGGAGGAUUAUGACUACCAUAUCCAGAUUUGUAAAAAAAAAAGAUAGAAA